AUUACAAACCACCCCUAUUGGUUCAAUACAAGAUUUGGUGAUAUGGAUUUGAACACCCUGUUGAUCGAUGAAUAAAUUAUUCUUGCAAGUUCAUACCUUUUGGAUUUAUGAAAAUGUUUACAUGGCUUCUAAGCAAUGCUCAUCACAAAAGAAAUUACAUGUUCUUGCUAUUGACAAUAGCCUCGUCGAUCGAAAACUUAUCGAACAGUUGCUCAAGAUCUCCUCUUGUAAAGUGACGACAGUAGAUAGUGGAACGAGAGCUCUUCAAUUUCUUGGAUUGGAUGGGGAGAAGAAGAACUCUGAGGGAUUCAAUAUAAGAGAAGGUUUGAAGGUUAAUAUGAUAAUAACGGAUUACAGUAUGCCUGGAAUGAACGGAUAUGAGUUGCUUAAGAAAAUCAAGGAAUCUUUGACUUUCAGAGAUAUUUCAGUAGUGAUUAUGUCGUCGGAAAACAUCUUGCCUCGAAUCGAUAGGUGUUUGGAGGAAGGAGUAGAGGAAUUUAUUGUGAAACCUAUAAAGCUUUCGGACAUGAAACGAUUAAAAGAUAGAGUUGGUGGUGGAGGUGAAGCCAAUACACGAAAAGAGAAGAGCGUAAGAGGAGGGAGGGAGGGAGGAGCACACAAAUCUGAUCGUGCUGUCAUCAAUCGUCGUUUCAGAGCUCUGUGCUUUUCGUCUUCUUCCGUUCUUUUAGUUGUUAUUGAAUUCGCGCUCAUCGUUCACUAG